AUUGUCUUCAGUGCUCCUCCAACGGUGAAUUUUGGGCCUGGGGUACCCUUGAUUCAGAGAGAGCAGUUCUGUUGGUAGGCGCCAAGCUCCAAAGGUUUUAAUUUUGGAGGGAGCCCUACCUAGGAUCCAGUCUUGAAGUUGCCCAAUGCACUGUUGAAGUAGUCUCCAUGGCUCUUUGCUGCUGCCAUUAUGUAUUCGUUGGUUCCUUUCCUUCCAAAUUUGGUGUACUAUGAUUCCAGGUUUAUAAUCAUUCUUGGAAAUGGUUCCUCCAUCUGAGUGGUACCCUCUGUUCUCAGGAAUCCUGAUCAUCAGAGGGGGGCAGGGUGCUGAUGGGGUUUGUGAACUGGGGGAUGACAUGUGGGUCAGGGGGUUUGAGGAAGAUGGGUCAUCCGGAAUAAGUAUGGGUGGCUGGUUUUGGGCCGAGUUUUCUUUUGGUGGUAAAUUUUUAAGGGUCAUUGGGAGAAGGUUUUUUGCUGUGGAGUUGUUUGGUUGAAGUGGGCAGUGGGCCCCCAUUACCUAGGUCAUUUUCAGAAAGGUUGUUUGUUUGGUAGCUGUUUGGGGAUGAAAUCUUAGCCAUUGGAGAAGGAGAGAGCUUGCAGGCAGGUGAGUGCCUAUUGAUGCCUCUACAAACUUUGCAGAAUUCUGGGAGAUUUUCAAAUUCAGCUUGUAACAACAGAGGGGUAUCUCCAUUCUUGACAUAGAAAGAAUUCUGUGGAGGCUUUGAUAGGUCCAUU